AGGAACUCUGCCUCGCUCACUCGUCGUCCGGCGCGCGUCCGAAACGUAGGAGUUGGUUUCCUCUUUCUUUUGUUAAUCCGUUUUCACACAACUACCCAAUACAAUAUGUCUGGUCUUGCGGAUCCAGUGGCAUUCGCCAAGGAUUUCGUGGCUGGUGGUUUGUCCGCCGCUAUCUCUAAAACGGCGGUUGCCCCUAUUGAACGUGUGAAGCUGUUGCUGCAGGUACAGCAUAUCUCCAAGCAAAUCUCAGAGGAAAAACGAUACAAGGGCAUGGUAGAUUGCUUUGUGCGCAUUCCAAAAGAGCAAGGAUUCUUCAGUUACUGGCGUGGUAAUUUGGCUAAUGUGAUCAGAUAUUUUCCAACACAAGCUUUGAAUUUUGCCUUCAAAGACAAGUACAAGCAAGUUUUCCUUGGUGGUGUUGACAAAAAUACACAGUUUAUGCGUUAUUUCGUUGGAAAUUUGGCCUCUGGUGGUGCUGCUGGUGCUACAUCUCUGUGCUUUGUCUAUCCCCUUGACUUUGCCAGAACUAGGUUGGCUGCUGAUGUAGGCAAAGCUGGAGGUGAACGUGAAUUCACAGGUCUUGGAAACUGCUUGUCAAAAGUUUUCAAAGCUGAUGGUAUUGGUGGACUUUACAAAGGCUUUGGAGUAUCUGUUCAGGGUAUCAUCAUCUAUCGUGCUGCCUACUUUGGUUUCUAUGACACUGCCCGCGGUAUGCUGCCAGAUCCUAAAAAGACACCAUUCCUUAUUUCAUGGGGCAUUGCUCAGGUUGUCACAACUGUUGCGGGUAUUGUAUCGUAUCCAUUUGACACAGUACGUAGGCGUAUGAUGAUGCAGUCGGGCCGUGCCAAAUCCGAAAUUUUGUAUAAGAGCACUCUUAACUGUUGGGCUACUAUCUACAAGACAGAAGGUACUAAUGCCUUCUUCAAAGGAGCUUUCUCCAACAUUCUUCGUGGUACAGGUGGUGCGCUCGUGUUAGUACUUUAUGAUGAAAUUAAGAAUCUCCUUUAAGACAUUAUAACGAUCCUCACCUCAUUACCUUCACAACUACAAUUGCAAGUACCAUCUUUAUUACCCACACCAUCCGAUGUAACAACAGAUCGAGUGAUUUCCAGACUGAAACAGUACACAAACUGUCGAGAAAUUUGAAAACAAGUUAGACUAUGAUCUUUUGGUAGCAUCUUAUGAAAUGCGUGAAACUCGGCAGAAUAUAUAUCUUGAUUGUAGAAGAGAAUUCGCUUAAUUUAUUGCCGGAUUCAGUAUUUUCUUGCAACGGUUCACAUGUACUAUAUUUCCUAUUUCAUUUUCGUAAAGAAGAACAAAGAAAGAUAUAUUUAUAUAUCUCCAAGGAAUUAAUAACGUAAUGGAUAUAUGGAAUGUUUGAUACAUGUGACCAUGUAGGCGAUGGUCGGGACAUAAAGUAGUAAAAAUAAUUAUUGAAAAAAAGGAAAAACAA